AUGAUUAUGUAUGUAUGUUUCCAGCCAGAAGGCGGUUACCAGUUAAAAUGUUCGAAUAUUCUCGAAAUUACUUGGAUCUUAGAGAACAACUGGUCACCCAUCGCCUCAUUUCAUCACCGCAUGAAAUUCGACUUGGAGUACAUAAAUGAAUCGUAUAUAAAGACAGUAGCUCAAGCACACAAACAACUGUCCAAUCCAAAGCUUGACACGGAUGAGAGGACGUUAUUGUUGGCUAAAAUCAUCAGCACAUGCUUAGAAGCCCAAGGGCUGAAUCACAGUGUACAAGAAAGCACAGAAUCCGAGUCGGAGACAGUAAGAAUAGAGAAAAGACGCAAGAGCUUAGACAAAGAACCGGAAAUGCCGGUACCAAAGAAAAAGAAAGAGGAUUGUGAAGUGAUGGCGCCACCAAAAGCACUCCCCAAGAAGCCUAAAGGCAAAGAAAAUGUAGCGGAAAAUCACAAAACCAGCAAAACAGGGAAAAGAGUGAACAGUGAAAUUGGUGAUAAUAUUGAAGGAAAGAAAGCAAAGAAUAAUAUUCCUGAGAAAGUAUUAGAACCUAAGAAUAUAGUUAGUCACAAGAGAACUCCAAAUGAAACAGAACAUACAAAGGUCAAUAAUGAUAUGCGUAAAAACAAAAAGUCUGAUAAUUUAACUAAAGACAGAGAGUUAAAAGAAACUGAUAACGAAAAUGUCAAAAAUCCUAAUAAAAUGGAGAGGGAAAAUAAUAAUAUCGCUAAACGUAGUCAGAAAGAAAUAGAAUCAAAAAAACCUGCUAACACUCAAAAUCAAAGUAAGGAAAAAGAGGGCAAACCUAAGAACUUUAACGAAGGAAAUAAAAAACCGGAAAAAAGGUAA